CUCAAAUCCAUUAAUAAAUAACUCUUUGAUGCACGAUGAAGGCCGCCGCAGCGACACUUCUAAUUUUCUUCACGCGGUUUACGUAUUUACGUGCCGAGAGGGAGAGUGGCUCACUCGACAUGUCCAACAAAUCCUGUGUUUUCAAUCCUAAAUUAGUAACGAUAGUCUUGCACAACGAAAAAAAUCCCGACGGCGUGAAUAUCGGCUUGGAGCAAAAGUGUGAGGAGAUCGACAAGACGAAGCCGAUCGCUUUCAUCGUCCACGGUUUCAUGAGCAGCGCGAAUUCUUCCUACCUCUGCAAUCUCGCCAGCACAUUGGUGGAUAAACGCCACACGGUGUUCUCCUUAGAUUGGCCCGACGCAGCGUGCGCACAUGGAGCAGGUGACCUCGUACUGCUGUAUGCCAAUGCGGUGGAGCACACCCACCUAGUGGGUCAACUGCUGGCGAAUUACAUCCUGGCAAUGGUCGAUCAGUGCAAAGUCUCGCUGAAGCGUAUCAUGCUCAUCGGCCACAGUCUCGGUUCGCACGUGUCCGGCUUCGCUGCAAAGAAGAUCCACGAAACGAAACGCGAGAAAGUCGCGCGAAUCUUCGGCGUUGAUCCCGCACGUCCAAAUUUCUGGAACAACCCGUGCAAGGAGAGGCUCUGCAAGACGGAUGCCGAACGCGUGAUAAUUUUCCACUCGUCACCGCUAGGGAUACUCAGGUCAAUAGGUCACCUUGAUUAUUACUUCAGAAGCCUAUUCCUGCAACCGGGAUGUCCUUUCUUCGACUUCGUCUGCUCCCACACCAGACCUAUCAUCUAUAUGACCAAUAUGGUGAAGGACCCAAGUUGCGUGUUUCCAGGUCGUUUCAAAUCAUCUGAGCCUAAUUCUACCACAACCGACUGCGUCGCCCUGAGUUCCAACAUAGUCGACCUCACCAAAUAUACGGAAGAGGAAGGAACUUAUCAAUUGUGGGUGGAUAAGAAUGCUCCGCAUUGUACACGAAAGCAGCUGAAGUGCAGGAAAAACGCACAUAAAAACGCAUCACCGAGUUUGACGGAUUACGUUGAUCAAGUUGCAGGCAAGGUGGGGCCGGCAAGCUUCAAAAAUACAAUGAGGGGAAUUGGAACGGGGAUCGUUGAUACAGUGGAGGGUAUAGGAGAAUCAGUGAAAGAUAUUGCGGAAAAAGUGAUACCUCCUUGCUUCUUUGGCGUUAACUCGGUAUCGAUGGUUCUGUUCACAAGCGAUAUUCCUUUCGGCAAGGUAAUUGCACCGAACGAGUCCUAUAUCGAUAUCGAUCCCGCAAAAAAAAUUGUUUUCCUGGUUCACGGUUUCAUCAGUUCUGCGAAUACCAGUGCUAGUUACCAGCUGGCCUCGGAAUUGGUACAGAACGAUUACACGGUGUACUCGCUAGAUUGGUCCGAGGGUGCGUGCACAACUGGGCUACCCGUUGUAAAAUUAACGGGGUAUCCCAGCGCAGUAGCGAAUACCCGUGAAAUAGGUGAAUAUAUGGCAAGGUAUGUCACAUCGGUACUCGAGGAAGGCAUUCCGUUGGACAACAUCACGCUCAUCGGCCACAGUCUUGGUGCGCACGUGGCCGGUUUCGCUGCGAAGAAGAUUCAGAACUCCGGACACGGCACGAUCCGGCGUCUCUUCGGCGCCGAUCCCGCAAAACCGCUGUUCGUGACCAAUUCAUGCAAGGAAAGGAUCUGCGAUAGCGACGCCGAUAACGUAAUUAUUAUUCAUUCUUCGGGCUUCGGGAUACCACUGGCUCUAGGUCACAUCGAUCUCUACAUGGAUUACGGAGGCAUGCAACCAGGAUGCACCAUGAACAUCGUUUGCUCGCACACCAGAGCCGUCGAGUACUUGGCCGACAUGUUAAUAAAAGGUUGUGGAUUCCCUGGUGUUCCCGUAUCGACGACGGAGAUAAUAAUGAAAUGGCCGAAGGCGUAUCCUAAUUCCGACACGACCGACUGCAUCUUCGCGAGUAACAAGUUAUUCAGGGGGGAUAGCAAUAUCAAGCAAGGGAAAUACUACAUGUUCGUUAAUCCCAACUCUCCGCAUUGUACACACGAAACGCGCAAUUUGAAGUGCCAACAAUAACUCGCGGAGCCUAAUUGGAAUAGAAGAAAAGCCCGACGACAGUUUGUUGUCAACAAAAGAAAGAUUGUUUUACCGCCAAUUUGAUCUGUAACUUAUUUAAAUUACAAAUUGCAGUGAUAAACAAAUUAAAUAAAUUACGAUCCCAAUGAUCAUUACUGUACUAAUAAAAACAUGUAAGUGUAUAUUUUUCUAAGCAUUUAUAUAUCUUUGUAAAUAAAUAUACUGCAGCUUAUUUGCAUGUAAAAUAGAAGAAUUGUUAAAAGGAAAGAUAUUGUAAUAUUUUAAAUACAUGAGGCAGUGUUCAGAUUAAAUCGCAUAAAUCUACAAAA